AUGCCCAGCCAAGUAAAAACGAUACAAUGGACUAAAACCAAAAUCUUCUUCACGGUAUUUGCGUUUAUAUUUUCCAUUGCAGUCAUAUUCCUCAGCUUUCUUCCCAUAAUAACCUCCAGCAUAUCCCUUCACAACACCUUUACCAUUCUUGUGGGCCUGAUCCACGGAAUGAGAAUGAUAGAGUUUAUAUUUAUAUUAACCAACGGCCAGUGGGCUGUGUGGCUCUUCACCACGUACAUGCUCAACGUGCUUGCAUUCUAUGCCUUCAACUACAAUGAUAUAGAAAGUUACAUCGAUAGCAUGCACCCUGUAGAGCAAUAG